GAUUGGUAUGGUAGUGGACGUUAAGGGUCGGGUGGCGUUGUAAUGGCAAAAAGUUUGCGAAAGGGUCGGGAUUGGAGAUAGACAAGAUGGACCAACAGUAUUGCCUACGGUGGAACAAUCAUCCAGCCAACCUCACAGACGUUCUCAGCUCCUUGCUUGCCAGAGAGGCACUCUGCGACGUUACCCUGGCGUGUGUUGGAGAGACUUUCAAGGCACACCAGACGAUACUCUCUGCAUGCAGUCCAUAUUUCGAGAGCAUUUUCCUCCAGAAUACCCAUCCCCAUCCAAUUAUAUUCCUGAAGGAUGUCAAUGAAACGGAAAUGAAGGCAUUGCUGCACUUUAUGUAUAAGGGAGAAGUUAACGUUAGUCAGCAUCUGCUACCGAUGUUCCUUAAAACAGCUGAGGCAUUACAGAUUAGAGGCCUCACUGAUAAUAGUGUAAAUAACAAGGCAGAAGAGAAAAGUCCAUCGCCAGAACCAGAAACGCAAACUGGUGUUAGGCAUACUGAAUCGCCUAACCUUCAGUCUCUUCCUGAAAAGAGGAAACGAAAGCCUUCGGGCAGCUAUGAUGUUUCCCUUAGUGGCCCACCCAGUGAACGGUUCAUGUCAGAUUCUCAGGCAUCAUCACAAUGUAGUUACAAAUCAAGCCCUCCCGUGAUUCCAAAGUUAAAUAAUGCCAUGGGAGGUGAUAUGGAAGAUGGUGGUCGACCUAUGUCUCCUGCUUCACAGCCACAACCUUCGAUCAAGCAAGAAUUAGAUCAUCAUUUAUCAGAUUUCCAUGACAACAUUUCCCUCCCAACUAAUUUGGAGUGGGAUGUUCAGAGAGAUGGGAAGAGUGACGAAACUAUGGAUGUACAGAACAUGACCCAAAAUCAACAAGAUCCUGCUGUGAUACAAGUUUCUUGCGAAAGCACUAUCAUGGCUGGAGGUUCUAUGUCUAUCAAUAUGUCAGGGACCACAUCUGAAUGUUAUGAUAAUUCUUAUAAAUCUUCGCAAAAUCAACCUAUAUCUUUGAAAUCUAAUUUACACAAAAGCAAAAAUGCAGAAUUCAAUUCCUUAUUUGCCUCACUGUCUGAAAAUAAUGUAAAUGUUAGAAAGCUUCACCAUAACAAUGAUAUACAUGGGGCAAUUAUUGUAAAUCCGCAGCAAAACAUGUCUGUUAUUCAAUCAACUUUAUGCAACAUUUCACAGCGUUCUGUUUCUCAGAGUAGAAAGACUGGUAGAUUCAAAGUUGGGUGGUUAGAUAUGUAUUCUUGGCUUCAGUAUGACGAAAGAUCAAAUCUUAUGUUUUGUAAAUAUUGUAGGAAGUGGAGUGAUUCUAUUCCUGAAAUACGUACUUCAUUUGCUGCUGGGAAUGGUAAUUUUAGACUCGAAAUUGUGAAUCAUCAUGAUAAAUGCAAGGCUCACAAUUUGUGUGGUCAUCCAGUUGGACUGCUAGGAGAAGAAGGAGGAGCAACAACAGGCACGCUAAACGAUGGCGUGUCAGGAAUUGAAUCGUCUGAACACCAUAAUCCCCCAGAAAUGCUCGACGGACUCGAUGAUACGACACUUUUAACCCCUCAGGGCACUGAGUGCGCGCCGAUUACGUACAUUGAGAAAGUUAAUCUGUCGGACUUUUUCGAAAAGCUGCCGUACACGUAUACUAGCAAAUGCAAACUAUGCGGUCGGGUCGUGUCGAAUCUAAAGAAUCAUUACUUGACGCACAAUCCAGGCAAUUACGUGUGCCCGCUCUGCGGCUGUCGUAGGACCCGGCUGGAUAACUUGAAGGGUCACAUUAAACAGAAACACCCCGAGAUACAGAUACUGCAGAAGUCCAGCGGCACCGUGCAGACUUGAACACCGUGCCGGAGUCUUGCCAUUCUCCCCUCUGUACGCGGGGUGUUGUCGAGCGUUCGAGCAUUUACGAUGUCAGGUCUGAUUCGUUGAGAUCACCAGUUCGCUAUUACCCGAAUUCGAUAUCUAUACCCGACACUCUCGCGAGGAACCACAUCCUCCAUAUCCGUUACAGUAGAACGUCGAUUAUCCGGGCACGAUGAUUUUCUAACCGCAUACGGAUUACACGCAGGUGCAUCAGCCUGAUCACGAUCACACUCGCCGACUACUGUGUCACCUGUAUCACUGUACAGUAAACGCAAACGAAAUAUAAUUUAUACUAAAACCAGUUGUGCUGAAUAACUUCAUUUCCAAUACUCUUUGUCUGGAAAUUCUGCCAAUCGGACACGGAUAACCAACCUUCUACUGUAGCACGAACGAAACAUAUCCCUACCGUCGAAUUUCCCUAUCUUCUAUCGUUCUUUCUACCAGACUCUCCAUUUCCGUUUCCGAGAAUCUUCUUGCUCGUAGACAUGCCCCGAGCACUUGCAAUAUUCACCGUAUCGCGUGAUACCACGGAAAGUGCAUUUAAUUUUUCAGUCAUCUCAGCGAGCCCCGUUGCCGUUCUAAAUCCUCGAACGCUCGUUGUUCCCACUUAGCACCCGUUUCCCGCGAGUGGCGCCUCGCGCGGUCUAAGGUCGUUCCGUCUUUCCGGUUCCUCCGUGUCUCGUCGGUCAACGUCAAGAACCGUUCCGCCGACCCGUUCUUUCGUUCGAUAGGCUCUUAACCCCUCGACAACGGCGUUGCGCGCCGGGCGUUCCCGCUCGGAAACGGUGAUAUGCUAGUCACGCAAGAUGGUAGAAAGUAUACGAGACUUUAACGACGGGACGGGACGAGAGGAAACGCGGCGUAUCGGCUCGUAAUUCUGUACUUAUCAAGCCGGACGGAUCGCGCUGCGAAAUUCGCACAGACCCACCCCGCGUAUCGCUCGCAACC